AUGUGUGCCAAGCAAGCCAUUAAGAUCGAAAGACGACGAGCGCGCGUGGCGACCACAAGUUAUUGCCCGAUUGACAAACGUUGGCAAACUGGACUGUUAUGGAGGUUCGACAAACGCCAUGAGGCGUCUUCAAGUGAGAUGUUUCACCAAGUAAGAGUGCGCCCAGAGGACCAGACGGCUCAGAAGUUUCUAUGGCGCAGUGGAAAUUCGGCUAAAGCGGCAGAAAUGUACGUGAUGCAGGUUACGUCAUUCGGCGCUUCCUGCUCGCCGGCAUUAGCUAAUUACAUUAAGAAUCGCAACGCAGAGCGGUUCAGAAAAGAAUCUCCAAGAGCUGUUGCAAAUUCUGCGAGCGUAGUGAGAGCGCUCAAGAACCAGGAAGAAGACGUGUCUAGGGUGGUGGGAUUCCUUGACAAAACGCAAGAUAAGGUUUUAGGCAUGUGGUGGCUGCCCGUGACAGAUCAACUUAUAUAUGUAGUCAAGCCAGAAUUCGAAAGACCAUCCGACCAAAAGAACUGUGUUAAGUGUGAAUAUCUGGCGAGCAGGAACGGAUUGGAUGAGUCUCUUCAGGAAAAGGAUCAAGAAGACUGGAAAAUUUGGGUGAAGCUGUUACCCAUAAUCGACGAAGUGAGGAUUUCAAGGUGCAUGCCGAAGGUUUGUUGUGCAAGACGAGUACAACUUCACGCAUUUGUGGACGCCAGCAUCAACGUAUAUGCAGCGCUUGUGUACUUGCGAGCACAAGUGGAUGGAAUAGUCCACUGUUCCCUGGUAGCGUCUAAGACACGAGUGGCCCGCUUGAAGCCAGUCUCAAUACCAUGGAUGGAACUGAUGGCUGCUGUUUUAGGUUUACGGCUGACGAAAUUCAUCGAAGCAGAACAGUAUGUCAGUAUGUAUUUUCUGGACGUAUUCAAAGGACGUUUUAUGCUGGAUUAG